CACUGGAUUGGAAAUAUCUAUUGAAAUAUUAUAUUAUAGCUGAAGCAUUGUUACAGGCUCGGAAUAGUACUGAAAGGUGUAGGUGUGUGUAAGCAUCCAGCAAUGGUCGAUGUCAAUAACUUGACUUGUCGAACCUGUAACAAUGUGGGUCUUGGUGAUGGCUCUGAUGGCUUUUUCUACUGCCUUCGAUGUGGCUCGCAAUUUGAGGAUGUCAUGGACACUGCCGUCGAUGCUGAUGAUCUCUUCAAUAAGGGAGAAACUACUGGUGGGGCUGUCUACAUGGCCAGUCACCUACGGCAACGACCUACUGCAGUCAAAGCCGAACCCAUAUCCCAAUAUGACUCAUUCUAUGAUUCCCAGUCCAAUUUCAUUAGGAAUCUAGGUUUGGAUGAUGACACUCAACGAAAUGAAUCUGUUCAAGUUAAAAGAGAGGAUUUUGAUGCCGAUCAGUAUUUUGAGGAAGGUCCUUCGGUUCCUUCUGAUUUUGGAGGCUCAAAAGUUGCAAGCUUUGAAGAUUACCACAAUGAGAUAAGGAUGCGGUAUGUGAUGGGGCUGCAGUUGAUGAUUGAGCUUCAGUGUGAAGCUUUGGUGAAGGACUUUAAGGUUACCCCUCUAAUUUGUGGCUUGGUUGGGCCAAUUUGGUUGAGGUUUGUCUCUAGGACUGGUGUUUUCGACGAUGACUGGCCUGAUAAAGUAAUCCAUAACUCUGAGAUGCAGAAUGAAGAUGAACCAGAAGAUUAUAGGCCACGCUCUAAACACAGAGCGGAGCCCCACAAUAUAUUUGGUCAGCGAGCUGUAAUGAUAUGGUUUAGGUCUUUAAGAAAAAGGAUUCCACUAUCUUGUACUAUUGCUGUUUCAUUUCUGGCAUGUCAUGUUGCCAGAGAAGCUGUCCUGCCAUCUGACAUGAUGAAGUGGACUUCUGAAGGGAAGCUUCCGUAUUUUUCUGCUUUUAUUGAAAUUGAAAAGCGCAUAGGACAACCUUCAAGUGCAUGUCCUAUUAGUUCAAAUGUUAUGUUCAGGCCCCAGCGAGCUGUUCCAGUACAGAAGCUAGAGUCAUUUGCUGCAUCCAUUGCUCAGUUCAUAGGCUUGGAGUUACCUCCAGUUAACUUUUAUGCAAUAGCUUACCGUUAUCUUAAAAAAUUAUCACUUCCUGUUGAGAAGAUUCUUCCUUAUGCAUGUCGUAUAUAUGAAUGGUCAAUGCCUCCAUCUUUGUGGUUAUCCCUAGCCACCAAGUAUUUUAGGCUACCUACUCAUGUAUGCGUUAUGUCAAUUCUAAUUGUAGCAAUAAGGAUAUUAUAUAACAUAAAUGGCUUUGGAGAGUGGGAGAAUAGUUUGUCUCGUAAUGAUGAUGCCAUAGACAACAGUGAAAUGGGUAAAACUUUUGCCACCAAUAAUGGACAUGAUUUUGGUUCAGAAUCUAAAGAUUCAGCUGAAGAUCAAGUGGGACCUCAAAAACAUGAAAUGGAUUCUGCCUGGCUUAUCCAACACCUUCAAGCAAGAUAUAAUGAGAUUGGGGAUACCAAUGAGCAUUCGAAGGACUUGCGUACGUAUCUCAAAUACUGUAGGGAUGUUGUGUUUGCUGGAUCAGAGUCAGCUUAUGGGAAUCACGAGGAAGAAAGUAUGAUAGAAUACUUGUGGAAUUUUUAUCAGAAUGAAGAGGAUAUAAAACCAUUAGAGAAUGUAGAGCAGUCAAAUUCUUCUUUCAACCAAACGAGGUUGAAUGAUAAAGAAUGCAUUGACAGGACCUCCAAGCAGGAAAAGAUCAGAAAAAAAGGUUUGAAUAAUCUAUUUCCUGAUGAUGAAACCUGUCUUGAAGAUGACUUGCCUGGAAGUGUGGAUGAUAAUAAUUCACAGGAGAGUUCAUCAGAAGAUGAAGACUCAGAUUCCAAUGAUCGCAAUUCAGGAAAACCUCGAGUCAGAGAGGCCAUUAGACAGAUGAAAUUAGACAUGGAAGAGAACAGGUUUUGUUACAUACCACCUAGUUUGAAGCGAAAAAAACUUGAUUAUAUCCACUAUGCUAGAAAGAGGGAUGAAGGUGCCCUGACCUAUGUUGCCCAUGCUGAUUAUUACAUUUUGCUUCGGGCUUGUACCAGGAUUGCACUAGUUGACAUUCGCAUUUUGCAUAUCGGUGUGUUAAGCCUUGAGAGAAGACUUGGUUUUUUAGAGGAACAGACUGAUAAAUGCUUACAUUCGAAACCAACUAAGAUUUCAUGUCAGUUUUGUAGUGAUCAGGCCACGCAAAAUGGAUCUGAUGAUCUUCCUGGGGGGCUAUCAAAUUUGAAUAUUUGAGAACUGAUUCUUCAUUCUUGUUCAGUUUAACUACACUAACAACUAGGAUACUUCUUUUCA